GUUUCUCCAGCGUACAAAGCUGUUUUUUCCUUUCUGCCAAAUCUGUUUUGCAUCUACUACUGCUAGAGGUAGAAGCGACAGCGUUCAGUGGAAGGAUGAUACGCUAUGCUCUUUCAAUGUUCAUAUUGGUGUGCAGUCAUGCAACGCUGUCCAGUGCUGAGAACUCUCUAGAGGAGAUGCUGUUACAGUAUGAAGAAUAUAUGAACGUGAACCCUGACGAGGAGAUUCAAGAUUCAGUGAUACCGCUGACAUCACUUAUUGAUAAGAGGACUCUGCAAGCAAAAGCCGGGAAAAAGGAGACGGUCCUAGCAGAACUCCUAGAACCAGCAUACAGAGAGCAGAUCCAAGCAAUACCGCUGGUACCAUUGUCAGGAGAGGAGACUCUGAAAGCUUCAGACGAGGAAAAGGAGAGGCUCCAAGCAAGAUUCCUGACACCAGGACACAAAAAAAGUGCAUCCAUCAGAGUCAACGAAGACGAGCAGAUCCAAGAUCUGGAAGAAGUCAGGAGGAAGAAGAGUAUCGUAUCAAAAUGGCUAAAUCCAGGACACAAAAAAAUUCAAGAGGUGAAUGGCAUAUUGGUUAGGAGUGACUGGAUCCUGGAUCCUAAGAAAGUAUCCAUCACAAUCAACGAGGACGAGUAGAUCCCAUUUAUCCUUAAAUUCUAUGCUUCAGUGCAAAAAAUCUCAAUGUCAAAGGCAUGAACUUGCCUUGUAUAGAAUAGUUUAGACUUUAUUUGUUGUUUUCAAGGGAGGAAGCAAAGAUGCGAGUUGCGCGCGAGUGGAGAAGCGCGAAAAUGACUUCUCAGAAAAUGUACAUCUGUUCUGAAUACAUUAACGGAGUGACGUCGUGUAAAUCAUGUGUAAGUAUGAGUUACCGUUUCAGUGACAUAUAUCACACAACGGCAUAGAAUCAGUGUAAAGAGGGUCCAAAAGCAUAAAAUAAAAUUGCAAUUUUUGAGCUCUCGUAUUUUGCUAUAGUAGUUUUUCAUCCGAGAUUACAUAAAAGAAUA